UCGUACAGUUUUAAAUAAGGGUAGACACAAUUUCGUGUUUAGGGUAGUUGCAAUAAAGUGUGAAGAGAUAAUGUUAACAUAUGUAUAAAUGUCUUAUCCUGUUUGUCAAAUGUUAUGUUUAAUUCCUGUUUUGAGUACCCAGCAAUACAUGAUGUGCAUUUUUAGUAUUCACGUAAAAUUACCUGUUUAUAAGUCAGUGUUUCGUUGCAACCUUAACAAUGUUAAGGUUGAGGCACAAUAGUUGGGAGGUAAAUGAUAUGUGAAAUCAAUUUAGGUAACAUCCAUUGUUUAUAGUAUGCUAGGUUGUAAAUAGUGUGGUGGUUGGAUAACCACGGGGGGAGGGGGGUUUAAUAUGUAUGUCUGUAAUAUGUUCAGUGCAAUGAAUUGCAUGUUCUGUAAUGAUUUUCUAGUGGUCGCUUACAUCAUCAAUGUAGGGUGAAAAUGGAUGUAUCUGAGGGUACAGAUUAUGUACCAUUUCGAGGAAGGUGUAGACAAGUGUUGUUCAUAUUGUGUAAUUCUGUUGGGUAGCUCCAACAGGUUUGAGUUAAGUGAUAGGAUGAGGGAACAAGGGGGGGGGGUUCUACCCACACGGAGUUGUAAGUGUGAGGUGUAAUGUUAGCUGUAGGUAGGAUGGUGUUAUAGUUAUAGCUCAACAUGAGUUUAAUAUAUUAUAUGUUUGUACUGUGAUGUUAAAAAAAAAAUCUCUGCACUAGCAGGUCAUGCGAAACACAUGGUCACAAUUAUUUUAGAUGUCAAAUGUUGUCCAUUCUCUGUAGGAUGUGAUGUACAGAUUAUCUCCGGCAGUGUAAAUAAUCUGUCUGCAGGAGGGAACAAUGUGUAAAUUUAUUUAUUUUGGUAGGUUUAUGUAUAUAGCGUGUUAUUAGGAUGAUAUAUAUUAUGAGACGGUAAUUAACAUCAAUGAAUGUUUUGGUGGUUAUGACUGGUGACAGCAGACACAGUUACUGGGCAUGUGGGGAGGGAUUGAAGCGUCAGCGGUACUGUAUUAACUCCACCACCAUGAAAGAUAUUGAUUUUUACCAUAAGGUAUAUGAAGGUUAGGGUGUGGAUUGUGUUCUAUGGUAGCAGUAGUGCCAUUAUGUUCAGACAUUACUUGUAUUUAUAGUGUCAGCCGUUUAAUGGCUAGAUUGUGUUUAUAUAGUGUGUCAUUGAAGUUUUUCAAGUUCUUAUAAAUGUUUAAGUAUAAGAGAUUUGUCACUGUGUGUACUAAUGUGAAAAUGGAUGUUUUCACAGGGGGGGGGGAGUGUAAGCAUUACUGAGUAGGUAUCUAUCGUUUUUUAUACGACCAUCUGUUUAUGUGAAGCACAGUACGUAGAAGCAGUGUCCGAUUUGAGUGAAGUCAGUUCUGAUGUCAUUAUGUAUGUGCUUAUUUCAGUAGCUUGUGUAGUCACAGUUGAUUAUUGCUCACCACCUGUAUCUUGUUACAUAUUAAUUUAUGUACCCAUAUAUAUUUUGUACCUGAGUUUUAAAUAAAAUAUAAAAAAAAAAAUAUACCGAGCACGUCUCCAGAAGCACACGUCAACCAGAUAACUGCUGCAGCAUAUGGGGGCCUGGCAAACCUGAGAAUAGCGUUCCGAUACCUCAGCAUGCAGCACCAGUUUGAAACCCACACCUGAUCAAGCACGUCAAGAAAUUAAAGAAAGUGCAAAGGUUUGCAACAAGGCUAGUUCCAGAGCUAAGGGGAAUGUCCUACGAAGAAAGGUUAAGGGAAGUAGGUCUGACGACACUGGAGGACAGGAGGGUUAGGGAAGGCAUGAUAACGACAUACAAAAUAUUGCGAGGAAUAGAUAAGGUGAACAGAGACAGGAUGUUUCAGAGAUGGGACACAGAAACAAGGAGUCACAAUUGGAAGUUGUAGACUUAGACGAGUCAAAGGGAUGUUAGGAAGUAUUUCUUCAGUCACAGAGUUGUCAGGAAGUGGAAUAGUCUAGAAAGCGAGGUAGUGGAAACAGGAACCACACACAUCUUUAAGACGAGGUAUGAUAACCCUCGUGGAGCAGAGAGGACCUGGUAGCGAUCACUGAAGCGGGGGGCCAGGAGCCGAGUCUCGACCCCUGCAACCACAGAUAGGUGAGUACAAAUAGGCGAGUAUACACACGCACACGCACACACGCACGCGCAGACCCAGACCCAGAUAUACACACACGUGCACACGCGGGCGCACACAAGCACGCACGCACACGCACACACACACACACACACACACACACACACACACACACACACACACACACACACACACACACACACACACACACACAUGGCUUGUAAACAAUUUUUUUUAGGAUUAUGAUAUAUAAGGGUAAGAAGUUUAUAACUUCUUGUAUUUGCAAUUCCCUGAAGCAGGAUAUUCGCAAUUACCUUUGUAAUGAACCAAAGACUUGUCAUAAUCACCUAAUAAAAACUAAUAAAACUAACCUAACUUUAUCAAUUGCUAACUAAUUAAUAUAUCAAAUCGAAUAAUUACUCUAAUGUACAUUACAAUAAAAUGACUUCGUAAUAACAGUUACUUAAGUCAAGAGGUUUAUUUCAGUGUAUAUUCUGUACACUAAGAGUCAACUCUUAAUUAUCACAUUAUUGAUGCACGUGCUCUUUAUCUGUGGUUUUAUGCGACUCCCACCAAUUUUUAAUUGUUUUGCCGAGCAUUACAAAUAGUGUGAUAACAGAUAGUGACCAUCUGUAAAACUCGCAGGAAUUCACAAGCAUCAGUGUUGAGGAGUUUCCAUGAUCACUUCUUCAACAAUUAACAAAACCUGCAAUAUAGAACAGGCAUUAAGUUUUGAAUGGGAAAAGUGUAAUAUAUAUGAAGACACGUUAUACAGAAGAACCCUCUAUUUUUAAACGAAAGUUUACUCAGGAUGGAGCAUAAUCAUGGCAGAUCUGUGACUUAGUAUAAAUAAAUCCUAAAAGAAACAUCCUCCGAUAUGAACGUUUAAUCUGUGUUAUUAGUUUUUUUUUACCUACCUAUUGGCUGGCUUGUUGCUCAAGUCACCACCGUGAUAGUGUGAGCUCCAUUCAGUAGUGAAUUGAAAUUGUUUUCCAGAAAAAUGUACUUGGAAAGAAUUUUGGCAUCACCAAAUAAUCAAUAUAAUACCACAAUGCAGUCAUAUCUGAUAAAUUAUCCGACAAGGCACGAGUGACAACAUAAAUAAAGGUUCGGAAAUAUUAAAGUUAGUUCUCUUCCAAAUCAGGCGCAGUGAAGAUAGAAAAAAAUUCGUGAAGCAUCUCUAAAGGACCGGUUAGAACAGUUAACUUAUAGCUAAGAGGUUAAUACACUGGAAUACUUCAUAAAUCAGUGGUGGUUUACGAAUUGAACUAUAAAACAUUCUUAGAGAAGUAUCAUGAACCCUCACUGUGGCCAGCUGGAGAAAUGAUCUUUCAGAGUAGUAGGUGGCUAUUUGACGCUUAAAAUACAAGAAAUACUUGUCGAGAAUUCUGAAAAGUACCUGGAAGUCCAUCACUGUCUCUCUCCACUUCCCUACCACAGUCACAUCUAAAGAGGAAACUGACUGUUCCUUCAGAUGGCUCUACUAUCAAAGGCGAGAGGAUGGAUAAUCGUGUAUGUAGUGGUGUGGGCGUGUACGCUGCCACCAUCAAUGGGAUACCUAUCGGAAAUGCUGAGAGUGGGCAUCAAUGCUCAGUUCUGCGAGCAUAAGGGAGCCACGCUACUCUGUGACUAUAAAGAUACUCAGAGGAUGGUUCAUAUGGAUGAAGAGCUGGACUCAUCGGUGCAGAAGGUGUUUGUGUACAACGCUGUGAAGCUGCAGCUGAGUGAGUCAUUGUGUGUCAAUGUUGUGCUCAACAAUGUGGUCGAUGUGGUGGUGGUGAGAGGUGAGGGGCAGCCCUGUGAAGCUCGUCUUCAUCUCUCUACCAGAAACUCAACCUUGGACAGACUACCCAGCCAGGUGAGUUACGUUCACCUGGAGCAGAGCAUCUUCACCUCGCUAGCCACAGCUCUCAGCAUCAAUCAGCUCAUCGUCAUCAACUCCACCAUCAAGGUCCUCGACAUCUCCAGCACUCUGCAGAACGGCGUCACCGCUAACCUCAUAUCGUCUAAAAUAGACACACUCGAAAAACUGCAUGCAAGAAAGGGAUCGGAACUCGUACUUCACAAAUCUUCUGUACAUACAAUUUCUUCACACGGAUUAAAUAUCGAAGGUCAUGUAGUGCUGAGAGAAUCGUCAAUAAAUAUAUCCUUAGACGAGAGUGUCGUCAUGUUUCCAGGAGCUACACUAAAACUCGACAGCUUUUCCGGCAACCUGGCGGUUAAGGUUGAGUCUCAGGAACUUAAUGAUAGACCACAAGUAACCAAACCUUCCUGUGAACCAUGUAUAAGUAUUCCAGAUAAAAGUUACUGGGGAGCAUUUAUCACGUGUCUCAUACUACUGAUAAUUGUUUCCGUUUUUAAUAUAGCUUGCAUUUAUAUGCUCAAAGGUAAAAUAUCCCGUAGAGACAGGGGAGUGAAGCUAAGCAAGAAAAGCUCAAAAACAGACUUAGAAUGUUCGUUGAUUGAUGGAUUGAUCAAUACUUCAACCCAAGUAACUCUUGUUGAUAUAAUGUCAGAAACAUUUGCAAUUAUUCCAGUCAGAAACUUAGACGAAAUAUAUUCCAAGAAUAUGGAAAUUUCAACAUCGCUGCUCAGUGAUAAGUCACAGUAUGAAGAGAAACUCAGAGAAAUUGUUAAAAAGAUCAACGAUUGCGGAAGCGGAAAAAAUAAUAUACAUAAAAUUGUGAAUGAAGGAAAUAAGAAAUUAACAAAAAUGGGAGAACUUGAAGAAAAGCAUAAAAAAGUACAGGAAGAAAGGUCCAGAAGAGACGAUCUGGUAAAAUUAAACACAGACAAGAAAAUGAUGAGACAGCAAGCCAGUGAACACAUGAAAAAAUAUGUACAGAAAAUGCGUGAGAACGCUGAACAAGUACUAGAUCUCUGGAACAAAAUGAUCGUCUCAUUUGACUGGAACACAUUUAUGGUAGAUCCCCAGGAAUGGCUGAGAUUUUUUAAGUGUCAAAUAAAGGAAAAGGAGAACUGUCUGAAAGUCCAAACUGAACAACAAAACUCUAAUUAUAAAACAAAUGAAGAGAAACUUAAUCAUAGCGUUAAUGAGAGAAAUGAGAAAUUAAAACAACAGUUCGAUUGCGAUAUCAGUAGUAUUGAGCGUGACUUUGAUAAUGAAGUACGUAAUGCAAGCUGGAAGAAGGAAACUCUGAAGAAACUUUAUGAUGAAAAGAAAGAGACGUGUAAAAUCACAUACGAAGUACUUAAGUGGAAGAAUUUGUAUGUCGAGCCUCAAAAACUUAAAGAAUCUCACGAAAAUGCACUGUUAUCUCUCGGUGAAGAAUUUUUGAAGGAAACGCAAGAUAUCUUACAGUCUAUCUUGACUAUGCACAAACUAACUGUCCUCUUUGCAAAACACCUGAAAAUGAAAAUAUGUUGGGAGGAGCCUGAAAGCUGUAACCCUGAGCCCAGCAUCAGCGGUCAAAAGUCACCAACGGAAAAUCAACCGCUAUUGAAGACUGAGUCUGACUUUUCUAAUUAGUUUUUUGUUCAUCUAAAUAUGAUAGCCUAAAGUGGAAGAAAGACAACCUUAUUUGGAAAGCUGACUUUAAGAAAGUAUUGUUCUAGCGACGGAGUUUAUUACUUAUCAACAGAGAAAUUGCAAUAAAGAUAAUAUCAACAGUA